GAGCCCAUCUGGCUCUCUGGCAGGUUUGUUUACUGGCUGGGAAAAGGAGAUCCAGCACAGCCUGGGAGACAAUCUACCUCUGUCUGUGCAAGAAGAAAGGAUUUUUCCAAUCAGUAUAUAUACGAAAUAACAUAACCUGGACUUUGUGCCAUUAGAACAGAACCAACAACAGCACAGAUUAGCUUUAAAUGGAAAAAGUGCAAGGAAGAAAAUAAACAAACGUGGUGCUGGAAAAUCUCUUGGAAGAAAAUCUCAGUACUGUUGUGAUCGAGGGGCCGAUCUGGAGCUCAGCUUGCAGGCGAAGGAUCGGAGCUGCAAAAGCUGCAAGACUAGAAGCAUUUUGCCAUGUUUUUUUGUGGGGGGUUUGCACACUUGAGGAGGAUUUGAUUUUUACGCCACACCAGCAGCAUGGACUCUCUGUGACGCUUCACCUGAAUUAGAUCGAAUGCCAUUUUCUCACGUCUACAUUAAGAAUUGAACUUUGAGUGGGUCACAUGCGGUGUUUUUUGAUCAGGCGUGAGUGUCCGCGGCGCGAACUUGUGUACGUGUGGGGGGGCGGGGGGACUGGGCUAGCUAGUUUUGGCAGCUAGCGACGAGUUAGCCAAAUUACAAUUAGCGUGGCGCUCCGUGUAAAAGUACCUUUUUUGUGGUGGCUUUCUAAACCUGUCGGGUUAACCCAAAGGGCGUGAGUGUGAGGCGCCAACCCGUUUAAAGGUGCAACAAAUCUGCUUGUGAACAGCCGUCGUUCCGCAGCCUAGCUGGUUAGCGUUAGCAUUAGCAUCAGUCGCUCAACUCGCUUGCGUUGGAGUGAACACGUUGGACUCGUUCCUCCGCCCAUCUUCCGGGAUGUCGGCUGUUAUUUUUUGUUUACUUGCUGGCUCUCGCCGCAAAACCAAAACAAUUUCCUGAAGAAUACCGCCACCCUCCUCCUCCCCGUCCAGUGUGUCAGCUGUCACCCUCGCCAAGAAGGAUUUACUCGAGAGUUGGACCCGGCGCAGUGGCGGAUGGUGAUUCAGCCCGAGUCAGUUAUGUGGCUCCGGACUUUGGCUUUUGUUUUGGCCGCAGCCUGCUGCUUCAUGACCAGCUGUCAGCAAGCCACCGGGGAGAUUUGUCCCAGCAAGGACAUCCGCAACAAUGUGACCAACCUCAACUCUCUGACAAACUGCACGGUGAUCGAAGGCCACCUGAAGAUCAUACUCAUGUUUGGGACCAAGCCCGAAGACUUCCGAGGCCUCACCUUCCCCAAGCUGACCGUGGUGACCGACUACCUGCUGCUCUUCCGCGUGUACGGCCUGGAGAGCUUGAGCGACCUCUUCCCCAACCUGGCGGUCAUCCGAGGCAACAACCUGUUCUUCAACUACGCCCUGGUGGUGUUCGAGAUGCUGCAGCUGCGAGAGAUCGGCCUGCAUAGCUUGAUGAACAUCACCCGGGGGGCCGUGCGGAUCGAGAAGAACCCGGACCUCUGCUACCUGUCCACGCUGGACUGGUCCAAGAUCCUGGACUCGGUGGAGGACAACUACAUCGUGGCCAACAAGAACGACAGGGAGUGCGGAGACGUUUGCCCCGGGGCGUCUGUCGGGAAGACCACCUGCCAGACGACCACCAUCAACGGGCACUUCAGUGAACGAUGCUGGACGCAGAAGCACUGUCAAAGAAUGUGUCCCGUUCAGUGCAAACACCGGGCCUGCACCAAGGACCACCAGUGCUGCCAUGACGAGUGCCUUGGCGGCUGCCUGAAACCCCACUCAGCCGCUCACUGCGUGGCCUGCCGGGGCCUCCAGCACCAGGGCGCCUGCGUGGAGCACUGCCCGGACAACCACUACACCUUUAAGGGCUGGCGCUGCGUCUCCUUCGCCUUCUGCCAGGAGCUCCACAGCAGGUGCAAGUGGGAGAAGGAGCACAGCAAGAGCCCCGAGUGCCACGAGUACGUCAUCCACAACGGCGCCUGCAUCCCCGAGUGUCCCUCCGGCUACACCACCGUCAACUCAUCCUCACUGAACUGUACACCAUGUGCCGGCCUCUGUCCAAAGGUAUGCAUGGGCCUAAAGACUGUGGACUCGGUCACGGCGGCUCAGGCGCUGAGAGGCUGCACCAUCCUGAACGGCAGUCUGGUCAUCAACCUGCGGGGAGGAAACAACAUAGCGGCGGAACUGGAGGCCAGUCUGGGCCAGCUGGAGGAGAUCACCGGCUACAUGACGGUGCGGCGGUCCUACGCCCUCGUCUCCCUGUCGUUCUUCCGCAAGCUCCGCGUUAUCCGCGGGGAGGAGACAGAAAUUGGCAAUUACUCCUUCUACGCCCUGGACAACCAGAACCUGCGGCAGCUGUGGGACUGGUCCAAGCACAAGCUGAGCAUUCCGCAGGGCCGCAUGUUCUUCCACUACAACUCCAAGCUCUGCAUGUCCGAGAUACGCAAGAUGGAGGAGGUGACGGGCACCAAAGACCGCAAGAACGACAUUGCAUCCAAGACCAACGGGGACCAGGCCUCGUGUGAGAACCACGUGCUGAAGUUCACUCAGAUCCGCACCAUGAGCGAUAAGAUCAUGAUCAAGUGGGAAGCCUUCUGGCCCCCAGACUUUCGAGACCUGCUGGGCUUCAUGGUGCUCUACAAGGAGGCGCCCUUUCAGAACGUGACGGAGUUUGACGGGCAGGACGCCUGCGGCUCCAACAGCUGGGUCAUCGCGGAUGUGGACCCGCCGCCGCGCUCCACCGAGGGCGACAGGGACCACUUUGAGCCAGGCCACCUCAUCCUGCCCUUGAAGCCCUGGACGCAGUACGCCAUCAUGGUGAAGACACAGCUCUCCGCCUCUGAUGAGCACCAGGUCAACGGGGCCAAGAGUGACAUCAUCUACGUGCGCACCAACGCCACCAAACCUUCAGUGCCGCUGGACCCGAUUUCCUCGUCCAACUCCUCGUCCCAGAUCAUCCUCAAGUGGAAGCCCCCCAACGACCCCAAUGGCAACAUCACUCACUACUUGGUCUUCUGUCAGCGGCAGGCAGAGGCCAGCGAGCUCUACAAGUUUGACUACUGUCAGAAAGGCAUGAAGCUGCCGUCGCGAGUGCCCACUCAGGUGGACAGCGACGAGGAGCAAAAGUGGAACCAGACGGAGGAGCAGGGCCUGGGGACACGGUGCUGCGCCUGCCCGAAGACGGACAAGGAGCUGAAGAAGGAGAAGGAGGAGUUGGAGUACCGCAAGACGUUUGAGAACUACCUACACAACGAAGUCUUUGAGAUGAAACGCUCCCGACAGCGGCGUGCUGUGAUGGGCAUCGCCAACCAAACACGCCCUUUACCCACCACGGCUUCCGGCAGGCCGGCGGGCACCCUCAUCCCCGAUGACGAGGAGACGUUUGAGAGCACCAAGACCGUGGUCACCGUGCACGCCAAGGAGUCCACGGUCAUCUCCAGUCUGCGCCACUUCACCAGCUACCAGAUUGAAAUCCACGCCUGCAACCACCCCACCGACCCGGCCCGCUGCAGCAUGGCGGCGUACGUCAGCGCCCGCACCAUGCCUGAAGACAAAGCAGACGACAUCCUGGGCGCCAUCACCUACGAGGUGUCCGACAUGACCGUGCACAUGGUGUGGCAGGAGCCCGCCACCCCCAACGGCAUGAUCAUCCUGUACGAGGUCCACUACAAGCGCAUCGGAGACAGCGAGGAGCUGCACCACUGCGUGUCCAGGAACGUGUACAAGGCCACGCGCGGCUGCAAGGUGAGAGUCAUGCACUCGGGGAACUACACCGUUAGGAUCCGAGCCACCUCUCUGGCCGGGAACGGGUCCUGGACGGAGCCCACGUACUUCUACGUGCAGGAUGCCAGAGAUCCCCUCAACGUGGCUAAGAUUGUGAUCGGGCCGGUCAUCUGCGUGGUUCUGUUGCUGUGUGUGGCCGUGGCAGGAUUUGUGAUGUUCAAGAAGAAUCAAACACAAGGGCCUAGCGGUCCCAUCUACGCCUCCUCCAACCCAGAGUACCUCAGCGCCAACGACAUGUACGAGGAGGACGAGUGGGAGGUGGCACGGGAGAAGAUCAACAUCAAGCGGGAGUUGGGCCAAGGCUCCUUCGGCAUGGUGUAUGAGGGCAUCGCCAAGGACAUCAUCAAGGGCGAGGGCGACACCCGCGUAGCCGUGAAGACGGUCAACGAGUCUGCGAGCCUGAGGGAGAGGAUCGAGUUCCUCAACGAGGCCUCGGUCAUGAAAGCCUUCAGCUGCCACCACGUGGUGCGUCUGCUGGGCGUGGUGUCCAAGGGCCAGCCCACCCUGGUUGUGAUGGAGCUGAUGACCCACGGAGACCUGAAGAGCUACCUGCGCUCCCUCCGGCCCGACGCCGAGAACAACCCGGGCCGUCCGCCUCCCACGCUGAAGGAGAUGAUCCAAAUGGCGGCUGAGAUCGCGGACGGCAUGGCGUACCUCAACGCCAAGAAGUUUGUGCACAGAGACCUCGCCGCCAGAAACUGCAUGGUGGCUCAAGAUCUCACCGUCAAGAUAGGAGACUUCGGCAUGACCAGAGACAUCUACGAGACGGACUACUACAGGAAGGGCGGCAAAGGCCUGCUGCCCGUCAGGUGGAUGGCACCAGAGUCCCUCAAGGAUGGCGUCUUCACGGCACAUUCAGACUGCUGGUCGUUCGGGGUGGUGCUGUGGGAGAUCAGCACGCUGGCGGAGCAGCCUUACCAAGGCCUGUCCAACGAGCAGGUGCUGAAGUUCGUGAUGGACGGAGGCUACCUGGACCGCCCCGACAACUGCGCAGACAGGCUACACAACCUGAUGCAGAUGUGCUGGCAGUACAACCCCAAGAUGCGGCCCGCCUUCCAGGAGAUCAUCGAGAUGCUCCGCGACGACCUGCACCCGUCCUUCCAAGAGCGCUCCUUCUUCUACAGUGAGGAGAACAAGCCGCCCGAGAGCGAGGACUUCGACCUGGACAUGGAGAACAUGGAGAGCAUCCCGCUGGACCCGUCGUCGUACUCGCAGCGGGACCAGUGCCUGGACAGGGACGAGGGCUCCUCGGUGGGCCUGCGGGGGGGCAGCUACGAGGAGCACCACAUCCCCUUCACGCACAUGAACGGGGGCAAGAGCAACGGACGAAUACUGGCCCUGCCGCGCUCCAGCCCCUCCUAACCGCCUCCCGUACAUACGUACGCAUACGUACGUACACACAUACACGCGUAUACAUACUGUCAAUCUCGUCUUCUUCAUUUCUUGUCUUUUUUUCUACAUAUGUAAAUGUAAACAUACACCACACGUGUGUCACUCUCUCCUCAGCCUCUCAGGACCCCUCCUCAUGCCACAAACACACUACACUGCGUGGGGGGGCGCCUUUUGUACGCAGAAGCUCCUGCCGGGAUUGUCCGUGUCGUACUCUACAGAAGUAGAAAUAGAAAUAGAAAUAGAAAUAUAGUGUGGGUAAAGGAUUCAACUGUGAAACAUACGAGAAGGCUGCUAAACCCCCCUUCCUUGCCCUCCCUCCCCUCCUUGGCAAGGGACAAAGUGUCCUUCUGUCUCGUCCACGGCCGACAUCAUCCGUUGACAGCACGGACGAGAGGAUACGAAACACCUCAAGACUUGUUUUCUUGUUUUUGUUUGUUGUCCGUCUUGAACAAAGGAAGUUGAAGAAGUGGCUUACUUACCUCCUCACACUCUGCAGUAUUCCAAAACAACAGUUUUAUUUAUUUCUGCAGCUUUUUCGGGGUUUUUUUUUGUCUGUUUCUAAUUUUUCAGGAGUUUGGACAUUUCCAGUACAGCUGAAGGAUAUUUAAAAUGUUCCUCAGAUUGACCAAUAGCUGCUUCUUCUUCCUUGGACCCGAUAUACACGUACGGGACGUCUACGGGAUGUUUUGUACAUAUGCUAGCUAAUGUUGUCCCUCUGGAGGUGUUUCCACUCAUACACAAAAAUGUUUUUACAUGUUAGUCUCUUAGCUUUUGUUUUUUAUGAACUCAUGAUCAACCAACAGCACUUCUUGAUCUUGUUUUUUUUUUUUUUUUUUUUUGCUUUGCGAUGCUGGGGAAGAAGGUGUGUGUUGUUGCAUCGUCCUCGUAAGAUCAAAUAAAAUGUAAAUACUGCAGCAAAGCGCAUCCCAGCCCACCUGUGCGCCGCCUGCGCUUAGUCUCAUGUUGUCAAAUGCAAAGCCAGGUGUGUCCAAUGUGCGGCCCGGGGCUCAUUUUCGGACAACAGCUCAUUUCUUUACCUGCCCUCGGCAUAUUUUUUAUUUCUUAUUUUUACUAGGGCUGUCAAAGUUAGCACGUUACCAACGAGUAUUAGGGCCACACUGAAGGAAAAAAAAUCGGAGAUUUUGAGAAUAAAGUCGUAAAUUUAUGAGAAAAGAGUCGUAAUAUUACCUUUGCCCAAGGCCGAAAGUCACACCCCUUUUCAUAGCUGUCUCAGGCAUUGCCUGUUAUGACGCAGUAUUAAAACAAUCGGAUUAUUUGAGAAUAAAGUCAUAAAU